AGGCAUAUAAACAGGCAGUCGGAGGGGUCCUUAACGGCCAUCAGCGACCAGAGAUUGCAUGGAGUGAAGGAAGUGCGCCAGAGAAGGUCAGGAUGGUGCAGAAAAUACUCAACAAAGUUGUCGGCGCCAAGUACGUCUCAAUACUGAGGACGUGGGUACCGAACCUGGUUGGCUGGGGAACCGUGGGCGGAGUGGCACUGGUUCACUUCACGGACUGGCGGCUCAUUCUGGACUAUGUCCCAUACAUUAAAGGCAAAUUCAAGGGGGAAGAGUAAUCUCUCAUAAGGAUAUGAAUUGACCAGAGCUUGGGACUGGGCGCAUGGCUGGAGCGCUGACUCAACCAGCUGAAGCGGGACGCCCUGGCGCUCCAGUCAUUCACCAGCGGGGGGGCUUGUUAGGAGUUUGCACUUCUGGAUGUGAUCUGUGUAAAUGCUGUUUUUGAUCCUUUAUUAUUUAAUGUGAAUAAAUCUUUGAUUUACCCAA